AUGUAAUUCAUCUCAGAUGCCAUGGUAAGCCUCUCAUCGAAGGCUGACUCCUUCAAAAAUAUCAAUCAAAUAGUUAAAAGUCAUGGAUAUCCUUUUGAAAAGCAUCAUUAUGAAACUAAAGACGGAAACAUCAAUAUGGUUAUCAGAAUAUCUGGCGAGAAAGGCACAGAUAGUUUAAAAAAUAUUGAGAACAAUGGACCUAAGAAAUCAGUAGUAAUCUUGUAGCAUGGUCUAAAUUGUUCAGCUACAGACUGGAUUUUGAAUAGUCACAAUUCUCUAGCAUUCAUACUGGCUGAUAAUGGAUAUGAUGUUUGGAUUAAUAAUUCUAGAGGCAAUAGGUACAGCAGAAAUCAUGUAACACUCGAUCCAGACCAUGAUAAAAAACAGUAUUGGGAUUAUUCAUUUGAAGAGAUGGCUAAAUUUGACUAGCCAGCUUUAUUUGAUUUUGUCUUGAACAAGACUGGAGCUAAAAAUGUUUCAUAUGUUGGACACAGUUAAGGAACAACUCAGAUGUUUUGCGCAUUAUCAAAUAAUAUGGACUACUUUAGGAGUAGAUUAAAUUUAUUUGUAGCUUUGGCUCCAGUCGUUAAACUUGACAAUUGCUCAAAUAGUCUUAUCAAACUUGUCAAAGAUAGCAAAACGAUUGAAUAAAUGAUGGUAAAAUACGGAUUAUAUGAACUAACACCUUUGAAAUCUAAUAAGAAAUCUGUUGCCUAUCUUCAUAGAUUAUUGCCUUCAAUUAGUGAUCUAGGCAUAAAAUUACUUAGUGAUGAAGAUACUUCUGAGAUUAAUCCUAAGAGUAUAGAGGCAUUUAUGGCUCAUUAUCCUUCUGGAACCUCACUCAAGACUCUGCUUCAUUUCAAGUAACUAAUGAAUAGAAGAGAGUUUAGACAUUUUGAUUAUGGUAAAGAAGAAAAUCUAAAGAGGUAUGGCUAAGAGGAUGCUCCUAUGAUACCCUUAGAAAAUAUCGAUGAUUUCCCAGUCGCAUUAAUUGCAGGAACUGAGGAUAAACUCGCUGAUAUAGAGGAUGUUAGAUGGUUAAGAGAAUAAAUGGCUAAAUAGGGUUCACUGAUUUUUUACGAAGAACAUAAAAUUGGACAUUUGGCUUUCCUAAUACCUAAAAAUUUAAUAGUUUAUCAGCAAGUAGUAAAUCUAUUAAAGACUUUUAAUCCAAUUUAUGUUCCAGCAAAAGAAGGAAAAUUAUUUAAGUAAAGUUCCAGCUUGGCUGCUGAUGAUGAGAUUAUUGCUUAAGUACAAUAGGUGCAAUAAUAAAUAGAUUAAAAGUAGAUUUUAAUUGAGGAUAAUUUUGCGAAACUCAAGACCUUUUGA